AUGGCAUCGAUCUCCGGUGCGCGCGACGAAUCGCAGCUGCCACCGGCUGAGGCUGCUCUUCUGGAGCUGGCUGGCAAUGACCGCAGAGACGCGUUGUCUUUAUCUGAUAAGGAAUCAUUGACGCUGCGGUUGUACGACCAGAUCUUAGAGCAGGCACUCGAGAGAGCGCUCCUCGAACAAGAUGUGGAAGAAGCAUCGGACGAUGACGAUGUCGAGCAGCAAAUCGCUAUCGCGGAACGCGAACUCCUCGAGGCACGAGCAACAUAUUCCGUGAGGAAGAAGGCUGUCGAGGCCGUUCUUAUGACCGAUCCCAGCCUGAAAGCAGUGCACUUAAAGGCAGUGUCACCUGCUGAAAGAGCUCUGCUUCCUCUGAUACAUCGGCGAGAUGUACUCGCCCUCGUCCACGAGAACCUUGCCGCUGCGCAUACGGAGAUCCUAGAGGCACUCUCUAAUGCAGAAGUAGAUAAUAGACAGAUCACAGAGAAGAACCAGCGGCUCGUCCGCACACUGCUCGAACUGACGGAUCAAGAAUCCUCGUGGAAAGAAGAGAUCACGGACCCAAAGCUCAGGGCACAGCUGCAGGAGCUUGAAGCAGGCCAUAAGAAGAGCCGGGCACGGUGGGAAACCAUCAAAGGUAUCGCCAGUGCUGUUGUUGUGGCCAGCGGAGUCGACUGGGCCCGCGAUGACGCACUGCGCGAGCUGGUGCUAGACGAGAGUGACGAUUGA